UCUCAAACAAGCAACAUAUCCUGAUUUUUCUUCCCUUUCAAUAGGCAAUCAAUCAGUUAAAUGGCCGAUCAAGCCUUCCAAGUUCGAUCCAUCAGUUUGCCCUCCAGAUCCCACCCCGCCGCCGCCCAAAUCACAGCAGAUCUGCGCAAGCUUAGAGCUUGUUUGGCUUUAUCAACAACAGAAACAGUGUCGCACGGUCUGAGACGACUCGGAGAUGUCUACGACGUCAUCGAGGAGUUUCUCCGCUUGCCCUGCAACCAGCAACACGUCGCUCAUUCGAACCAAAGAAAAUGGGUGGAGGAGGAGCUCGAUCUCUCUCUCCGGCUCCUCGACCUAAGUGGCGCAAUUAGGGACGGCCUGGCCUCCACCAGGGAGCAUCUGCAAGAAAUCCAGUUUUCUCUUCGGAAAAAACCUUGCACCGAUGUCAAGAGCAAAAAAGCUCAGCACUACGACUCGACUCCUCUUCACUCCAUAAAGAAGGCCAUCAGGAAUUCAUUGAGAUCAUUGCAGAAGCAGAUGGAGAGCAGCAACAAACGCGCGCCUUGCUCCGCCAUCGAUGGCAUGCUGGUAGAGGCGAGGGAGAUUUUGAUUUCCCUACUCCAGUUGGCUUCCUCCUUCUUGGCGACGCCGAGGACGAAUCAAAAGACCAGCAGGUGGUCUUUUGUGUUUGAGUUACUAUACACAAAGGUGGAUUGCAAGGAGAAUGAAAUUGAAACGGGAGAGGAAUUCAUGGACGCUCUGUGCGAAAACAUUUUUGAUCUAGAGUCCGGAUUGGAAUCUCUCUUCAGGAGAUUAAUCAAAAAUAGGGUUUCUCUCCUCAACAUCCUCAGCUUUUAGAGCACAACUUAUCAUACAACUAAAUUCGACCGUUGAAUUUGAAAAUUGAAGGAUUUGAUGAUGGCUUUUUUCUUUUUAAUUUGAUGGAAAUUUUGUAUAUGGUUCAAUUGUGCA